CGGGGAUGCGCAUAAUGUAAAUCUCAGCUCAGAGGUCUCUCUCGCACGCUCUCUCUCAGUCUUCUAGGCUGGCAGCAUUUCUGGACUGUCUUAGUUCUUUAAAGACAAUACUAAAGCACCCAUGAGUGAGUAGUUUGCGGCGUAUCCCGACGUCGGAGCUGGAGCUCUGUGCAUGACUCCUGAGCUAAUUGCGUGGGUGCUUCGGGGAUUACAGCGAAGAGCAUCUCCUUCAAGCCAAGAGGAGAUACAUAGCCUACUUGCGGGAUUCUUUACCAGAAGUGUGGUGCUGCAAUUCUGUGGACCGUCGUUUACUUUCGUUGGGAUCUUGAAUGGAUUAAGAUUCUCCUAUUCAAGAGAGACCAUUCCAUUCACAAGCAAUUGGAUGAGCGUCUUAUUUGCCCUUGGCAACUGAAGAUGAUGUUACUAUGGAAACAACUUGUGCUGCUAUCAAUCAUUGGUUGCCUUGCAGCAUAUGCACAAGAUGUCCUAUUCCAAGGGCCAAGAUGGAGGACAGAGCCCAGUGACCUCAUUCUUCCCAUCAACUCCCCUGACCAGGAAGCCACCAUUCGAUGUGAGGCGGAGGGGAACCCCGCCCCACGGUACAGAUGGUCGCUAAAUGGAACACUCAUUGAUCUGGGGGGUGACUACCGGCGUCACAUGUCUGGGGGCAACCUGAUCAUUAACCGUCUGGACAGGGACCAAGACACAGGGAUAUACCAGUGCACAGCCUUCAACACAUGGGGGAGCGUCCUCAGUCGAAGAGGCUCACUGCAAUUUGCAUACCUAGAUAACUUCAAAGCCCAAACGACACGGAGUGCUGUCAAUGUUCGAGAGGGCCAAGGAGUGGUUUUGUUAUGUGGACCACCCAUGCAUUCUGGAGAGCUGAUAUUUGCAUGGAUCUUCAAUGAGUAUCCCCACUUUGUCCAGCAAGACAGUCGUCGAUUUAUCUCCCAGGAGACAGGAAGUCUGUACAUUGCUAAAGUGGAGCCUUCUGAUGUGGGCAACUACACUUGUGUGGUCAACAACAGCAUCACUAAGGGGAAAGUCCUAAGCUCCCCUACGCCCCUCGUCCUAAGGAAUGAUGGCGCGAUGGGCGAAUACGAACCCAAAAUAGAAGUUCAUUUCCCCGAAACUGUUCCAGCUGCGAAGGGAUCCACGGUGAAACUGGAAUGUUUCGCGCUGGGAAACCCGGUCCCAGAAAUAAGUUGGAGGAGAACCAGUGGGGUCCCAUUUCCCAGUAAGGUGAAGAUGAAGAACUCCAACGCUGUUCUUGAAAUUUCAAAUUUCCAGCAGGAAGACACAGGGACGUACGAGUGUAUGGCAGAAAAUAGCAGAGGCAAAAAUGCUGCACGAGGUCGUAUCUCCUUCCAUGCUAAACCCCACUGGCUCCAGACGAUGAUCGAUGGGGCCCUGUCCAUUGAAGAGAACCUGUUCUGGGAGUGUAAGGCCAAUGGGAAGCCCAAGCCCUCCUACAGCUGGCUGAAGAACGGGAACAACUUAAUUACGGAGGGCCGGGUACAAAUCGAAAACGGGGCUCUUUCCAUAGCGGCAUUAAACCUGUCAGACGCCGGGAUGUAUCAGUGUGUGGCUGAAAACAAACAUGGCAUUAUUUAUUCCAGCGCCGAGCUAAUGGUGUUAGCAUCGCCCCCCAGUUUCUCGAAGAAUCCACUGAAGGCCCUGCUGAAAGCUCGCUCAGGCACUGAAGUGGCUCUGGAGUGCAAGCCACAAGCCUCGCCUCGGGCAAUUAGUUUAUGGAAGAAAGGCAACGAUAUCCUGCAGAGGAACGAGAGGAUUUCGCUAUAUCCCAAUGGGACGCUGAAGAUUGCCAACGUUACCAGGAGAGAUGCGGGGAGCUACACGUGCAUUGCUAAAAAUCAGUUUGGGACUGCCAGCACCACGGGAAAGCUUCUCAUUACAGAGCCCACCAGAAUCACCCAGAGGCCCACUAACAUGGAGAUCAUUGUCGGGGAGAGCAUCGUGCUGCCCUGCCAGAUAACCAGCGAUCCAGCCCUGGAUGUGUCCUUCUCCUGGGCCUUCAACGGGCAGCUUAUAGACUUCCACGGGGACAUUGACCACUUCGACAGAGUAGGAGGGAGCGUUACUGGAGAUCUGAUGAUUCGUAACAUCCAGCUAAAUCACGGUGGCAAGUAUGUCUGCGUUAUCAACACCGACGUGGAGACCUUGUCUGCUUCGGCCAUCUUGGUCGUUAAAGGUCCCCCCGGGCCACCGGACGCCGUAGCGGUGGAGGAGAUCACAGACAGCACGGCCCAGCUCUCCUGGAGCCCAGGCAGGGACAACGGCAGCCCCAUCACGGGCUACAUCAUCCAGGCCCGGACACCCUUCACCGUUGGAUGGCAGGCUGUGGACACAGUUCCCGAGGUGAUCAACGGCAACACGCUGACGGCCACCGUGGUGGGCCUGAACGCCUGGGUGGAGUAUGAGUUCCGGGUGGUGGCCCGAAACGGCGUGGGCGUGGGCGAGCCCAGUCCGGCCUCCGCCAAAACCAGGACCGAGGACGCCAUGCCUGAUACGGCUCCCACUGAUGUCGGAGGCGGAGGCGGCACAAAAUCUGAAUUAGUGAUAACAUGGGAGCCCGUGCCUGAGGAACUGCAGAACGGCGAGGGCUUCGGUUACAUCAUUGCCUUCCGGCCGCUGGGCGCCGUCACCUGGACGCGAGCUGUCAUCUCCACACCGGGGGUGGCCCAGUACAUCUUCCGCAAUGACACCAUCCCCCCCUUCUCUCCGUUCCAUGUGAAGGUCGGGGCCUACAACAACCGUGGGGAGGGGCCCUUCAGUUCUAUAGCCACUGUGUUCUCAGCAGAGGAAGUCCCCAGUGAGGCUCCUAAGAGCGUUUGGGGCAGGAGUGUGUCUGCAGCACAAAUUGAAGUGAUCUGGGCGGCCUUCCCUGCCACCCCCGAAAGAGUGCUUGGUUAUGAGGUGGUGUAUUGGGAAGAUGACACCAAGCCUGACACAGUCGGCAAAGUGAGAAUCUCUGGGAACUAUUCGGCGGUCAAUGUGACCGGACUGAAAGCUAACACACAGUAUUACCUGGCUGUGUGUGCCUUUAACACUGCGGGGACAGGACCACAGUCUACACCUAUCAACGCCACCACCAAAAAGCCACCACCAAGCCAGCCUCCUCUGAACGUAGAGUGGACCCUGAUUGGCUCUCUGCUCACUCUGCACUGGGAUCCUGUCGCAGCCAUGGAGACAGAGGCAGAGGUCAUUGGUUAUCUCGUACUGUUAAGAAGACACCGGUAUAAUGACAUAAACAAUAUUGUGACCAACAAAACCACUAUGGAGCUGACCCUGUCUCCCGACGACAACUACUUGAUCCAGAUCAAGGCCCUGAGUGAGGGUGGUGAAGGUGUAGGCAGCGAACCCAUCCACAUCCAGAAAUUAAGCAUGGGCGCUCGCGGUUCGGGAGCGUCUCGUUUCAGUCCGUGGUCGCUGACUCAUUUCCCUGCGGUCCUCAUCGGCGCUCUGGUCGUCCUCAGCCCCUCCUGGUGAUGUCUGGUCACAGACCUCCUACCGGCUCUCCUCCUCCAGCAGCCUGCUCCUGCAUUCGGCCUCAUUUGGAGGCAGGGGCGGGUGCCACCCUCAUCGGAAGUGCUGGACAGAACAGGAAUACAGAAGGGGGCCGUGUGUUGAGGAUUUACGUGACGGUCUGAUAGAAAACGUGAAUUUGUGUGCAUGAUAUUUUACAGUAUUUCUUCUCAUGUCAUAAGUGCUGUCAUGCAGUGAAAACCUUUCGGAAGUGUUUUUUUUACCAACGGAAUACACUCCAUUUGGGAGUAGCGGUGGAUAUGUAGUUGACAAGGAUCCUUGAAGAAUACUAACGCCUUAAAAUCAUUUGCAUACCAAAGUAGUUGACAAAAAAUAUUUAGUUGUCUUUAGUUUAAUUCAUUUCUUGAGUUUCCGGUUUUAGAAAUGGUUUUACCAAAUGGAGGUAUGUUCUUAGAAUUGUAGGAUCAGCUGCUUAAUGGAUAAAUUGGUUUUGGUUUAAUUGGAUUGGAUGUCCUUUGACAACGCUAACUGUAAAUGGCAUAUUGGAUUAUUAUUCUAAAACGUUCAAGAAGAAGAACAAUUUUUAAGUUAUGUAACUGACAACAUUCCCAGACUUAUUGUAACAUCAGAUAAAAACAGUUUUACGUAAUUAACCGUUUGGAUCGUAAAAUUCAAGCAAUUUUUUGACUGCAGUUAGACCCUUACCUUGCAUGCUUUGUGUUUGAGCUGUGUUUAUUCAUAAGGACCAAGGCUGGAUACAAGAUUGGUCACCUGUGCCUCUAACCCACUCCUCUCUGAAUAGUGAAAUAGUAUUAGGCCUAUUACAGAGCUAUUGGCUCUUGUGCUUUAGACCACCUCUCUACAACAAGCUGAUGGUACUUGGCAUUUUGUUCUUCUGUAUUUCAUGCUCCUCUAAAUAAUUGAUUCACAUCACACUGCGCCCAGUGAAAUGCUGAGAUCCCUGAGAAAUCAUGUGGUGUUACUGUGUCAAGCAAAUUGGACUAGAAAUGUUCUUACUCAAACUACCUCCAAAUUCAAAUAGGUAUACGCUAAACACGUCUGUCAUUUAUGACCUUACUGAUUAUCUAGAACUCCGAUCAACAGUCUGCAAAAUCUAUAUGAAGCAUAUAUGAUUACAUAGUAAAUCAGUGCCUUCACUGCACAUGCAUACAGCAGCUUUCAUAUUUCAAAGUGUGGGACAAAUCAAUUUCUUCUGUAUCUGUUGUUGGGAAUAUGUUAGCAAGAGUGAGAAAGGUGACAGACUGGCAAAAUGUAAACCCCAUUAAUAGAAAUGGAUUGAUGACGAAAGUUCUACAGAUACAUUCUUAGACCAUAUAAAAAAAAAACAAGGGGAAUACAGGAGGAAUGGAUCUGUAGUGUGGACAUUUGAUCUACUAAUUUUUGGUCAUGAGAGAUCCCGUGCAUAUUCAGUGUUUGAUUGGAUCUGCAGCAUAAUUUAGCAGAUUUUAAAGCAUCAAAGUACAAACGAUGCUCUUUUAAAGGAGCUUGACCGGGAAUUAAGGGAAAGGUGGGCUGCUGUCUUAAUGUCCCUCUCCGCACACUAUGAAGUCAAUCCUAAGCUGCUAGACUAGGGAACUAUAACUGUAAGACUUCAAUCAGAAACUGGUUCCAGGUCAUGUAAUUGUCCGAUGGGUCCUCCAUCGUGAGCCAUCAUUCUGGGGGGUACUGCUGUAAGUUUAGAAACUGGAGUAAACAGUCGAUUACUGCUAUAAAGAACUGUGCCUUUACUGAACUUGGGUCUCAUUAGGGAUGGCUGAGCUACAAUUAGGCUGUUGUGAGACGGUCCCCGAUGCCUGCGUUUACAUUUCCCAAAGUCAAACGAAAGCACAAGGAAAUGAUCCAAGGUGACCGUGUCCCUGCUCAGCCACCAGAACCGGUGUGAAGGCCCAAGAGGCCCGUAAAGCCCGAAUAUCGGACGCAAUCAGCCUGUCCUAUCUGCUCGUUCAGUGGUUUCAUAAAGGCCUGUGCUCGUUGAUUAGACCGCUGCAGCCCAGUCAAUGGGAUAUUGAUUUUCCUGCCCCAUUAUUGCAGCUGUCACAAUUCAGCCGCCUGAUUGACUGAUGCCAGGGCUUCCUGUUGCGCAUGUUUUUUCGUUGGGUACAGUCUGAGAUGUCCUCUCUCCCUUUGUCCGUCUGUUGGUCUGUUUUCUGAGUAAUCCAGGGGAGACGGGUCAAAAUCAUGAGAACACAAUGUAAAAUAGAGUUUGUGGGGUGGGGGGGUUUAUGUGUAAAAGCUACUUUGUACCCAACUUGUGUUUUUCGUACCCCCCCACCACCCAUCAGUUUCAAGUACAUUUCUGAAAGCUCCACAUUUAUACAUUCCAUUACUGAUAUAUGAACUGAAUAGCCUUUUAUUCAUUGUAAAAGGUCAUGACGUGGUGGGGAGGGAUUUGCUCAUGUUCCUUUGUUGUAAUGUCUUUUUGAAUCUUAAGCUCGUUUUUCAAAGGACUCCUCUCAUCCAACGCCGAAGAAAUACAUUGAUACAGCAGUGAUUGCCUUUUCUUUUUGUCUAACUGAUGAGCAAUGGCUUUUUAGAUGUCAAAAUGUCUGGGGACUAAGCCUGUGUAAUAAUACUACUGUAAAAAGGAAAAAAAGUACAGUGCAAUGUCAAAAACUGUUGAGGAUAAAACAUUAUAACAGUUUAUAAUCCAAAUAGUGUAACUUAUAGACCUUAUCCUUUUCCCCAUACUCAUCUCUGGGUCAUUAUUUCUGUGCACUUCUAGGUUUAAUACCAGUACACAUCACUCAGUCAUAGAGUAUGUGGAUUUGCACAUUAGUCCAUCAUCAAACUCAGUCAGAUGAUCCGGUCAUUUAUCCAUCUAUAGUUCAGUUAAGUACUUGUUCCUUGUGAUGUACACCCUGCUGGCUGUAAAAUAGAGGGAAAAUGCUGUAACUUUCUUGUGAUUAUCCCUAAAUGCAAUCUGAGAAAACGACGGGAACCAUCAGAUCUACUGAGUUUGAUUUUAGAUGAUACAACUUGUCAUGAUAAACACUGAUUUUGUUACUCAAAGAUAGCGCUUUUCUCCUGACAGGUGUGCUCGGUCUAAUGUAAAUAGCUUGCGUAUAUUUUUAAAGCCGGCCUACAAAGACAGCCUACUGAUAUUUUAUAUGACUUGUGACCCUUGAUUUUAAUACUGAUGUAUUAAUCCAUGAUCUCCAUGAGAUAUCUGACCUGUAGAACUGUGUUUUCAUAUUGAAAAGUAACUGUUUUGUCUGGUAUACUAAAAAUGUGCAUGUGAAUUAUUGUUUUGUGGGUUUGUGUUGAUUUUUCUAAAACUGUAACUUAAUAAAACGUUU